CGGCAGUCAACAUCGACGCGGCCCUUUAAAUUUCAAGUCUAACAAAAUGUACUCACGGUAAAUUUCCCAAGGGAGCCACCGACAUCUUAGUCUCUUAUCCCAGACAAUUCAGCAAAUGCGCAUCAACCAGAACAUUCAUUUAUCAACAAAUAUUUCUGGAGAAAAACACAUCCCAGCUCAAAAGCUCGAUAUCAACGUUCCUGUCGGUUCGGCGCGCUCUCAACUCGCCCAUAACCUCCAAAACUCACACAAGCAAAAACGUAUGUAUUUCAAAAAGCUGCGCGCGUCUCAAGUUUACUGCGAGGACUACACCCAUCGACCAGCAGACGUCGCCACCGUCCAGAGUGAUUUUGGCUAUUUCGCAGCUGCUGGACGCUGGUGUGUGGUGUGGAACUGUGUGUGUGUGUGGCGUGUGUACGCUUGUCGUCGCGGUGUGUAGAGUGUCGACGUCGUCGUCGUGUGUCCUCGCAUCGCAUAAUCAUCAUUCAUCGUCAUCGUCAGCGUAACAAUCAGACGUUGUCGUCGUCGUCCUAUCCUGUAUCUUCCUAAAGAUCGAGACGCCAGACUGUCGGUAUAACGGUCAAAGAAACGCGUCGAGGAUAAAGAUCAGCAGGCCAUCCCGAGGAAGUCGAGGUUGAGCAAAACGGAACAUUAGCAAGGCAAAUGCUGAUUUCUCCCAAAUGACUGGGAGCAGCUCGGUGUCCAACGGCUCUCAUCGAAUUUCUUGAAAAAUCUUCCCGCGAUGGCUGACUUCGAUCUAGGCGACCUUAUCGCCGACCAGUUGGACAAGGUCCUGCAGUUCCAGGACUUGACGGGUAUAGAGAACCUCUCUGUGUGCAGGGAUGUUUUGCAACGACACAACUGGAACCUGGAGGUGGCUGUCCAGGAACAACUCAAUCUCUAUGAAGGUAGACCAUCUAUGUAUGCUCAGGACUCACGAGUACGCCCCCCUCCAGUUGUGGAUGAAACCAGUACAAGAAUCUAUUUCAGUCCUCCGGGAAGUUCCGGCGGGGGUGGAUUUUUCUCCUAUGUCUUUUCUUUAUGCUACAAUCUUGUGACCAGUAUUUUACAACUUAUUUUUGCAAUAUUUAGGAGAAAUGUCAGGCCAGUUUCUGUGGAUCCUAUUCAAGAUGUGAUGAAUUUUAUACAUGCAUAUAACGAACAGUAUGGUACAAAUCACCCUGUCUUUUAUCAAGGCUCUUACAGUCAAGCUCUUUCUGAUGCUAAACAAGAAUUAAGAUUCCUUUUGGUAUACCUACAUAAAGAUGAGACUCAAGAGGUGGAUCAAUGGUGCAGAAAUACUCUAGGAGACCCGGAAGUAGUUCGAUAUGUAAAUACUCACACGCUUUUCUGGGCGUGUAACAUAAAGUCGGGCGAGGGAUACAAAGUAGCAGAGGCACUUAAAGCCGGUACUUACCCGUUUUUGGCGGUUAUUGUAUUGAAGGAUAAUAGGAUGACUAUUGUUGGAAGAAUGGAGGGAAUACCGUCUCCGACAGAGCUGCUGGCUCGGCUGCAAACGAUAAUCGACAACAACGAAAUCAACCUGAUUCAGGCUCGUCAGGAGCGCGCUGAGCGCAGUGCUACGCAGUCGCUGAGGCAGCAGCAGGACCAGGCUUAUGAGGAGUCACUGCGCGCUGACCAAGAGAAAGACCGACGUCGUGAGGAAGAGCGACUUGCACGCGAAGCAGAAGAGGCUCGCGAGCGUGAGCAACUCAAUGCCAUUGAGAUGGAGAUUCAGCGCAUAAAGAUGGAAAAAGAGCGGACUGUGGAAAAAGUACCAAGCGAACCCGAGCCGACCAAUCCCGACGCUUGCCAUCUUCAAAUUAAGCUCGGCGAGAGGACCGUCAAGCGUCGCUUCCUAUUGAGCCACACUAUUCAAGACGUUUAUCAUUGGAUAUUCAGUCAACCAGAUUCACCAGCUAACUUUGAAAUAACGACCAGCUAUCCUAGAAGGAUUUUGUAUCCAAGUGUCGAAAUUCUCAGCUUGCUGAAAGCUGGGCUGACCCACAGAGAGGUCCUUCACAUCAACGACUUAGACGAUUAAAUUGAUUUUGGUUAAGAAAAGCACCACGUAUCAUUCCGCAAAGGGACGAUGCCCGUUAAGAGAGACAGAGACAUUUAUAAUGAGAUGAAAAAGAAGAAAAAACGAUGAUAAUAAUAUAUUAUAUAUUUGAUACAUUCUUAUAUUCUCGCGCAGGGUUUGAUGCGCGUAAGCCAUUCGUUUCCUGAUCGUUUGCAUGAUUAUAUCUAAAAUCUUUCCGUUGCGCCAAAUAAUGUGUUCGAUGACGGUUUUGCAUUUCUGUUUUCUUUUACCUUUCUUUCGAGCGCGCGCUCUCGACGAGAGUGGGUCAAAUCAUUUCUCUUUUAUUUUCUCACACAAUCGAUGAACUUCAAACAAGGUGUUAACUUACGAAGCUUCGGCACAACCGCGAUGACGAACCGGUCAAUGAUUUUAUAUGAUUAAAAUCGAUUUGUUGAGCAAUCUUGUUCUUAAUAUACUAGCCAGGGCUUUACCUUCUCAAUUAAAUCGCGACGCAUCAAGAGGAUGCGAAAAUAACACACGCAUAAUCUCGUCGGCUCGACAUGAAGUACGACUAACGAUGCACCGGUAUUUUUACUAUUCAAUUAAUUGCUGCACAUCACAGAGCUGUGCAAUCCAUUGCUAUUCUUAAUUUUUAUUUUUCUGCGCGAUGAGGGAGACCAUAGAGAGCGUGAUAAUUGAAUCCUGUGGUACUUCUAGUCUUGUCGUGGUUAAAUGAGUGUUUUUUUUUUUCGAUUAAUCAUAUAUUUUUAGUAGAAGAGGGAGAGAGAGAACGGGAAUAAAUUCCGCUGGAUAAAAAAAAACGAGAAGCUUGUGAAGUUUUUUUUCUUAUUUUGUUGUCCUCUUCGUGUGUAAGAGGAGACUGAGACAAAUUUUAAUUACUAUACGAGAUAAACGAAUCAUUGGAAUAUUUGUAAACUCUAACCAAGUACAACGGUACCACUAGAUGUGGAAUAAAAAUCUGUUCUUUGACUACAA